AUAAAUUUUAAGAUCAGACAAGUAACAUCUCCCACAAUUUAAUUAUAUUCCAAUCUCUACAUCGCACUAUCGCAGUACGAUCAGACAAGAGAAAUAUUCCAUUUAUAUUUUUUUUUUCACCCAAAAAACAAAAUCCAUGUUUUUUUGUUUAAAACGGUGUAGUAUCAUAAUCCAUAAUGGCUUGCUUGGGUUAAAAUAUUUAGAACCCUAAGCCACUCACCGAUAGAGAAGCCGCCGCCACCUUCACCAGUCAGCGUCGCCGCCGCCGCCUUCACCAGUCACCGUUGCAUUCCUCUUUCAGCAAAACCCCUUCUUCUCAUUCACACUCUCACACCCAUAUUCUCAAACACACAAAAUAACAAACACAACACAGCACCAACCUCGGUGAUAACAAUUCAAAGAAACACAGAAAUACACAGACACGAACAAUGGCUGGUCGAUUCCGUGAGCUGAUGAAGAAAUAUGGAAAAGUCGCACUCGGCGUUCACUUGAGCGUCUCCACCUCCUCCAUCACGGGUUUGUACGUGGCCAUCAGAAACAACGUUGACGUGGAAGCCAUCCUCGAGAAGUUCCACAUGGGCACCAUCUCCGAGGAACAAAACCCUAACCCUAAUCACUCCGACGGCGCCGCCGCGCCACCCAAGAACCGGACGGCUCAGCUCGCCGCCUCCGCCGGCAGCGCCUUCACCCUGGCGAUCCUCUGCAACAAGGCGCUGUUCCCCGUGCACCUUAUCACACUCGUCAGUUUCUUACCUCCUUUCAGAAUAGUUGAUACUUACUGGAUCUGCAAGCUAUAAAUCAAAGAACACAAUCAUGUUGAGUAAUUAUUACAUACGUGAUAAAAUCAGUACAACGAAUUAAUAAAUUAAGAAGUUAAAAUGUAUAAUUAACUAUUGAUAACAUAUCUGUCAAUUUUCACUAGAAUAAAUUGAUAAAUUGUAAAUAGGGAUGAAAAUGAGCUGAGCUGCUUGUUAAGGGUCUAUGGUUUGACAUAUCUAAGCUCGACUUGG